AUGCCUAGAUUUCCAGCCGCAUUCUCCAGGCGGAAGUCAACCGCCGACAAUCUUGAUAAUGCCCAAGCGAAUGAACCGUCCUUUCGCGUACUGGAACGUCCCGACGUGGCGGGAGGGAAAUCUUUUGAUGGGGCUGUGAGACUUACGACAAAGACACAUACCUUCCCGAAGACGAAUGUCCCGCCAAGAACCAAUAGGCCAGCCCUCAAUAUCAAGGACAACAUCUUUGCGGAUCUCAAAUCAAACCGCGGAAGCGGAUCUUCAAAUACGACCAAAACCACAUUAACCGACAACUCAUCGCGUCACAGCAACACUUCGACAACCCCGUCUUCGGCUGACUUGGGUGGGCAGGAGGAGUGGCGAAACAUACAAAAAAGGGGGGGACCAACGGAAAUGCCCCUUCCGCCGAUUCCUCCAAUUCCAAAAUCAUCUUCGAACGGAUUUUUGAGGGCCGCUGGUCGAACGUUCUCGUUUGGGGGGCAAAAGAAAAAUUUACCGCCCGUACCUGUAGCGGAAGAUUCGCGACCAUCAAGCCCUAUUGCUCCAGAGGCUCAACAAACACCUGCUCCUGGGCGUUCGAGAGCCACGACCUCGUCAACAGCAACGACUGUCACACCACCCAGGGUAGAUGGUGACUUCGAUCUCGAUUUAGGUGGUGAUUUUGGCAAGAUGCUUCUCGGAAACGACAAAAGGGCCAGUGUUUUGACCCUAAAGAAUGAUCAAAAUGGAAGGCAAGCCGUAGGCGCCCGGAACUUGACCACCACACGGUUGAGUCAACCUUCUCCUAUUCAGAUUGACAAGACGACAAAGGUCGAGCCCUCGCCAUAUUCCUGGAGUAGUCAUCAUUCCAACGAGCAACUACUUGUCCCGGCAAGCCCUUCGGAUUCGCCACCAACGCAUGAGGGCAUACCUCCGCCUGUUCCUCGCCAUUCUUCACCUUUGGCUGGGAAGCUGCUCGGGCCAAGUGCAUCGCCAGAAGGGUUUCUCAAUAAGCCAUUCCCGGGACGUCAGUCUCCCAACAUUGAGCAUGGGGGGGGAAACGACGAGGAAGCGAAACUACUCAGAGAUUCUUUGUCCACUGUGACACGAUUUAUGAGUGGGGCGAGCUCGGCUGGUGUAGCGGCAACUUCAUCCACCUCUAGAUAUCGAAGGAAUGGGGAUUUCACGACUGCAACCACCACAGAUGUCUCAAAAGACGAAGACGAAGGCUUAUUUGACUCGAGCCAAAUAUAUUCCCUCAAGUCUGCAAGCCGCUAUACGCUUCGGAAGUCGGCCUCUCCACAGAAUACCAAGGUGAUGACGCCAGCCCAGUUUGAGAGGUAUAGGGAAGAUAGGGAGCGUCAAGACAAAGAGCGUCAAUUUGACACUGCAAGCAAUACUAGGGGAAACGAGGAAGACGAGGAUGACAAUUACGAAGACGACGAGGACGAUUUGGAGAAAGCCAAGCAACAGGCAAAGCAAAGGCGAAAGCAAGAAGCCCACAUGUCUGUGUACAGGCAGCAGAUGAUGAAGGUGACUGGGGAGUCUGCGAAUCCAUCACAGUCUCGCCCAAGUCUCCAGAUAUCGUUUAGCACUCCUAAUCUACCCAACUUGAACCCGGGGAUCAGUCCUGUGGCCAACCCAUCCGAUGUCUCUGACGAAGAUGAGGAGGUACCUUUGGCUAUUCUCGCUGCACAUGGGUUCCCUGGCAAAAACCGCCCACCAACCCGCCUGAGCACCAUGAUGUCCAAUCCGAACCUUCGUGCCAGUCAGCAACCUAGCUAUCAACGGCCAGGGUCGGCAGUUGGUGAAGCCUCGGGGCAAACGAACCUGCGCCUUCCUGCCUUUGCUCGGAACCUGCCCCAGGAUCCUUUCCUUGGCGCUGGUCUUGUCCGGAACACUGUACGAGAAAGCUUUGCUCUUGGCGGUGGAUCGACAACUUCCGGCCAACCCGGCACACCUGUCCCUCCAGGCGGCUUAGUCGGCGUUAUCGCUAGUGAGGAACGUUCUCGGGCGAUGAGGCGAGGCAGCCCGCAUAUCGAUACCCAGAACCCAGUAUCAGCAGCAACGCCCGGUUUUGAUCCGAUUGCUGGCAUCCCCCCUCAUAUGUUGUAUCAGGGCAAUCCUGGUCCUAUGAUGGCCACUUCUGGCGACCAGGCUCAGAUGCAAAUGACACAGCAGAUGCAACAGAUGCAGCAAUUUAUGCAGAUGCAGAUGCAGUUCAUGCAAAUGAUGGCGAACCAGAACGGAAAUGCCCAAAAUUUUCAGAUGGCCGCACAGCCAAUGUCGAAUAUGGGCUCACCUGGCGGCUUUCCUGGCAUGGGGGGCAUGCCGCCAACGUUGGGAAUACCGGAAAUUCCUGGGAUGGGAGGGCCUGAAAUGCGACACUCUUUCAUGGGCCAUGAUUCGAUGCUUGAUUUGCCUUCAGCUCGGGGCGAUGCACAAAUGCGCACCAUGAGCAUGGUUCAGCCGAGCUCAGCCUCGUGGAUCCAACCUAUGCAGAAUUCCGGCUUCGCUCCGUCGAUUCGCAUCCAUGGCGCCGGCUACGCGCCAUCAAUUGCUCCAUCUGAACGUAGCAAUGUGGGCCUCCCGGGUCGUUACCGACCAGUGUCUCAGGCCCCUCCGCCGCAACCUGUCGGUUUUGCGCAUUUGCGUAAGGUCUCAACCAUGUCUGGCGCCUUGCAACCCGGAAUUUCGGUUUCCAAAUCUGGCAACACCUCAGACGACGAUGACGAAGAAGGAUGGGAGGCCAUGAAGGCCAAACGUGAAAAGAAAAAGUCAAUGUGGAGGACGAAGAAAAACAUCGGUAGCGAGAUAAGCGCACUCAUUAGUUAG